AUGCUGCACCUGAAAGUCCAGUUCCUGGAUGACUCCCAGAAGAUCUUUGUAGUUGAUCAAAAAUCCAGUGGGAAAGGGCUGUUCAACCUCACCUGCAGCCACCUCAACCUGGUGGAGAAGGAGUAUUUCGGGCUGGAGUUCCGCAGCCAGGCCGGGAACCAGGUCUGGUUGGAACCACUAAAGCCCAUAACAAAGCAAGUCAAAAUGGACCCCGGCCAUCUGAGAGAAGAGCUGACAAGGUACCUCUUCACCCUCCAGAUCAAGAAGGACCUGGCGCUGGGGCAGCUGCCCUGCAGCGACAAGAGCGCGGCGCUGCUGGUCUCCCACCUGCUGCAGUCUGAGCUGGGUGACUUCCAUGACGAGACGGACCAAGAGCACCUGGAGACCCACAGGUACCUGCCCAACCAGGAGUACCUGGACAACAAGAUCAUGCACUACCACCGGAGGCACCGUGGGAAGACGCCAGCCGAGUCAGACGUUCAGCUGCUGGACGUGGCCAGGAAGCUGGAGAUGUAUGGGAUCCGCCCACACCCUGCCAGCGACGGCGAGGGGACACAGAUCAACCUGGCUGUGACACACAUGGGGGUGCUGGUCCUGCGGGGCAACACAAAGAUCAACACUUUCAACUGGUCCAAGAUUCGCAAGCUGAGUUUCAAGAGGAAGCAUUUUCUCAUCAAGCUCCAUGCAAACAUCUCUGCGCUGUGCAAGGACACGCUGGAGUUCACUAUGGCCAGCAGGGACACCUGCAAAGCUUUCUGGAAGACUUGUGUGGAGUACCAUGCCUUCUUCAGGCUGUCUGAAGAGCCCAAGUCAAAGCCCAAAGCCCUUCUGUGCAGCAAGGGCUCCAGUUUCCGCUACAGUGGGAGGACACAGAGGCAGCUACUGGAGCAUGGGAAGAAGGCGAAGAUGAAGAGCCUGCCCUUUGAGAGGAAGCACUACGCGUCCCGCUACGACGAGAGGCAGUGCCGCUCCUCCCCGGACCUCCUGACAGACGUUUCCAAGCAGGUAUGCCGGAGCCCGAGUGGGACUUGGAUGGGGGAGCUGCCUGGCGAGGGCACGGGCCUGGCCCUGGCAGGGCAGCGCAGGGCUCUGCCUUGCUCCUUGGGGCACAGCCUGCAGGAGCAGCCUCCCAAGCGCUCCUGGAGCCAGUCGGACAUGAAAGCCAUUCGCUUCCCCUUCGGCUCCGAGUUCCGGCCGCUGGGCCCGUGCCCGGCGCUCAGCAGCAGGAGGGCAGGGGGCUUCUGGCACGUGUCGCGGCGACCGGCCGAGCGCUACGUGGGCAGCAGCACCGAGUCCAGCGACUCGGACUCCGACCUCCUGGCAGCCGAGUACUGCUCCCUGCACGGGCGGGCACUGCGGGCCCGGCUGCGCCUCUCCUCCGGCAGCCUCCAGCUGGACGAAGAGGAUGAGGAGAGGACUUCCCACGGGGACGCCAGGUACUUCACCUAG